CAGAUCUCCAGGUGGAACACCUGUGGUUCGACAAUCGAAGCUAACGCCAAACGACGAGGGCAACUAUCUAGCGAACGCCUUACGCGAAAAGUUUCGUUCCCUGCAAGAAACUCUGUCGGAACACGAGGACGAUGUGAAUUCGAGCUGGGUAGAAGACGAGCUCUAA